AUGGUGAGAACGAAGAAGCGACGAAAGUCGCAGUCGCCAGCCCGCGGUACCACUUCAAAGCGCGCACGUGUGAGCUCACCUGGGGUCUCGCAACGCACCCGACACGAAGACCAUGAUCCGCAUUCGUCACGCGCCGGAUCUGUCAAAGAUACAUACUCGGCCCAGAGGCAAAACGGCUCAACAUCACUUCCCACUGGAGAAGACUGGGUGUUUCGCGUGAAGGUCAUCUCGUCCGCCACAGACUUGAGAGAUGAUCUGUUCAGGAAUGCGGUACAAGGACUCGUCCGGAUAUGUUUCCCUGAUGGUAUCCUGGACCAACUGGGACCUCAAGUACUGGAGCAACAUAUGCGCGAAGAGAACGCGCCUGAACGAAACAUCGAGAGAAUGUCGGAGAUUUUCCAGUCUGAGAUGACGCAGCGCAUGGCUUCAAUGCUCGCUUUGCAUCUCGACACGGCUUCGAAACUCGAUACAGUGGUGAAGAACCUGCUGGUAGCUAGUGCAAGAGCUCAUGGGAAUGAUUUUGGAGAUGACGUUUUGGGUCACCUCACCGCUAGUUUACUCAAGCUGAAAACUAGAACUUCUGGACACUCGACGGAAUGGCUAGCCGGAAGUGACGCGGCACAAGAGGUGGACAGUGACGGCAGAGAUACGAGCAACAGCGACGAUUCAGAAGCAGAACCUACACCACCACCGAAAUCAACGAAGAAGAAGAACAAGAGGCAUGAAAAAGAGGUGAAGACAGGACGGUCAAGUGAUGAGGUUCAUGUCGCAAAACCUGCGAAAACGCAUAGCAGCUCGUCAGCAGCCCUGCGUCAGCAACGUAUUCAGAGGAGAAGAGACCGGAAAAUCUCUUCAAAGUGGCAAUGGGACGCCAAUGCACAGGAACUCUCAGACAACGCUAUAGCUCGGAUCUUUUCACGCACCAGCGAUCUGUUUGCUUAUCAUGCGUUACCUAUCUCGAAACGAAAGCUUGGGCCUGAUGCAACAUUGAGUCAGCUUGGCCGUGAGAUGCAGUCUCUACUCGACGAUAUGCCAGCUGAGGAGUUCGAAAAAUGGGUCGAGAGCUUACAGAAGCUGCUCGAUGGCGACCGCGACAUGUUAGAGCGACAGGAGAUACGCACGUCGGCAGACCAGCAGCAGUCGACUCGCGCAACGCCCGCACCUAUUGAAACACGAAGACGCUCUCGGAAGGCUACAAAAGAUACAUCAGACAGUUUAUCAUACCCGGGCUCCGAUCCAGAUAGCGCUAGCAGACCCUCGCGUCCGGAGGCUGUUGUCAAACUCGAGGCUGUCACCAACCUAACAAAACUACCCGAGAACGAUCAAAGAAAGUCGUUAUCGGAAGCUACGACUACCUUUCGAAAUCCUGCAACAGAAAAGCGCCUUGUUCAGGCGGCUAGGCAAGUUAUAGAGGAAGUGAAGGGACGGAAGACUCGGAGUCAUGGAAGCCAACUGGAUGAAGCCCCAUGGGUUGAGGACCAGAUUCCGAUAACGAUGCUGCUUUGGGGUAAGAGCAGCGUUACCCGGUCUCAGCGCCUAGACAUUGCACGAACCAUCAUGGACAAUUUACACCGUCGGAGCCCAGCUGAUGUAAGGCUUUUCUCUUUAAUCGAUAUGUCCCAGCUGAUUCGGUUUAGUGCAUCCGAACCACGGAGGUAG